UCUCUCUUACUGUCUCUGUCUCUCUCUUUCUCUCUCUAAAUAAUUUUGUCAGCAGCUCAGAGUAAAAAUCCCAAUGGCGAAGGAGGUACUGCAACUUCCUUGGUUGCCGCUUCUUCUUCUGCUGCUUCUUCCUCUACGGUGUCGUUUUGCAGCUCUUUCACCGACUUUCCUGUCUCUUCAACUUCCUCUUUGAUCUCUUUCCCUACUUCGAUCCCAUUUUAUCUCUCUGCAUUCAGAAAAAAUAAAUACAAGAAUUUGCGACUCAUCUCAUGGAGCAAUACGAAGUACUAGAGCAGAUUGGGAAAGGAGCUUUUGGUUCUGCUCUUCUUGUCAGGCAUAAGCAUGAAAAGAAGAAGUAUGUGUUGAAAAAGAUUCGUCUUGCCCGUCAGACUGAUAGGUCACGCAGAUCGGCACACCAGGAGAUGGAGCUCAUUUCUAAAUUUCGGAAUCCAUUCAUAGUGGAAUACAAAGAUUCUUGGGUAGAGAAGGGUUGCUAUGUAUGCAUUAUUAUUGGUUAUUGUGAAGGAGGAGACAUGGCAGAAGCAAUAAAAAAGGCUAAUAGCGUUCUUUUCUCAGAGGAGAAGCUCUGUAAGUGGCUUGUUCAACUUCUCAUGGCACUUGACUACUUGCAUGUUAAUCAUAUUCUCCAUCGUGAUGUCAAGUGUUCAAAUAUAUUCUUGACUAAAGAUCAAGAUAUACGUCUCGGUGAUUUCGGACUGGCCAAAAUGUUGACCUCCGAUGAUCUUGCUUCGUCGGUUGUGGGAACACCCAGCUAUAUGUGUCCCGAGCUUCUUGCUGAUAUACCUUAUGGUUCAAAAUCAGAUAUUUGGUCAUUGGGAUGCUGUAUAUAUGAAAUGACUUCUCAUAAGCCCGCAUUUAAAGCAUUCGAUAUUCAAGCAUUGAUUAACAAAAUUAACAAGUCCAUAGUGGCGCCACUUCCGGCAAAGUACUCUGGUGCAUUUCGUGGUCUUGUUAAGAGCAUGCUGCGGAAAAACCCUGAACUUAGGCCAAGUGCUGCAGAGUUGCUUGGCCACCCUCUCCUUCAACCAUAUGUUAUUAAGAUUCAUCUCAAACUCAAUAGCCCUAGACGUGGUAAUUUAGGUGUGCAGUGGCCUGAAUCUGAUUGCAUCAAGAAAACUAGAUUUUCAGAAGCUGUUUCUUUCUCCACUUACCCACAGAAGAGGCAUUCGUUUAGCAAUGAUAGGAAUUUGAACCCAAGUAUAUCUGGAGGUGAGCAAGAUUCUAUGUGCUCUACCAUAGAAAUACAUGAUACUCCAGAUUAUCUCAAUAGAAGGUUAGCAGGACUAUCUGUUAGCGAGACUCACAAGGGGGUAGCCACUCGAAAGCAGCCAAUCGCUUCCAAAACUUCAAGACCCUCUCCAGCAAAAGCUUCUGCCACUCCCAGAAAAUUGUCAGAACCCCUAAAGAAACGUGUAUCGCUUCCUGGUUCACGUGCUCCGACAAUGUCUGUACUGACAACUCGCCGAGCAUCAUUGCCAUUGGCAACAACAAAUGCAAUUCAACAAUCCCCUUGCAGGCCUAAUGUUGGCAUCCUUCACUGUAUGAAGUCCCCUGAUGUUUCUGUAAACUCUCCUCGGAUUGACAGGAUAGCUGAAUUCCCUUUAGCCUCAUAUGAGGAACAGUUCUUGCCUGUCCGUAGAACUUCUUCUACGUCUGCACAAGGCUCAAAUGGCUCCCCACAAUAUGGUGACUGUUCAAUCACAAAAGACAAGUGUACAGUUCAGAUAUGUGAUAAAGCCUCUGGCAAGUUCAGUUUUCCUGAUACAUGGCAAGGAAUUCAAACGAGCAUGUUUAAUGUGGAUGGAGAAAAUGGAAGUGAUGAAUGCUCUGAUCAAAAUGCAACUGCUGGAGCAUCAAGCCGAACCUCUUCUGACACUCGUCGCCACCGUUUUGACACUUCGUCAUUCCGGCAAAGGGCUGAAGCAUUGGAAGGUUUGCUUGAAUUUAGUGCAAGGUUACUGCAACAGGAAAGGUACGAUGAGCUGGGGGUAUUGUUGAAGCCCUUCGGUCCAGGGAAGGUCUCUCCCAGGGAAACUGCUAUUUGGUUAACCAAGAGCUUCAAGGAGAAUACAACUAAGCAGGAUGAGUGACGCCUAUGAAUUGACUACCACAUGUAUCUAUACUUGUGUCUGCAAUAGUUUAUAGUCAUUUUUUCUUUUUUUCUUUUAAAUGUUUUUCUUUUCUAGUUUUUUAUGGGAAGUAGGCACCUUAGUCUCUAUUUUCUAGGUUAUGACUUAGUAUCUAUCACGGAUUCACCUUAGUCUCUAUUUUCUAGGUUAUGACUUAGUAUCUAUCACGGAUUCAAGUUCUUAGUUUGACAAGUGAGAUAAGUUAGAAAUUUCCUAAAUGUUUGUAUCUUUAGUCUAACUUUUGCAGUUUUGUAUUUGCUUAAACAGUGGCUAAUUUCACUAGGGAUGUAUUUUGCUCCCUUGUUCUAA